CUAUCUGAUUGGACGCGCGAGUCCUCGGCGGCUCUCGUGCAUCCAACAUCACCCGAACCCCAGCCAUGCCAACGUUCAUACUUCAAAGCCAACGCCAGUAGAUGCUGUCAUUGCGACUUAAAAUCCUUCGCUACGUCUUCACCCUCAAAUAAUUCCUGACACAUCCCAGUCUCUUAGGAGCUGCCCCCUUGACCCGACGUCGCCUCAAGUUUGCCUUCUCGCCUACAACACUUCAGUUCCUUCGGUUGUUGAUCGUCGCCAUGGUCAAUGCUGACGACGCCCGGAUCGCCGCUCUCCGAGAGUUCACCGCCUGUGACAUAUCAGAUGCACUUGUGAAGCUCAAGGUCCCUGGAGCUGGCUUCCUGCCCGACCUGCAACUUUUGGGCCGACCAAGCGCCGCUGAUGCUCCCGUCACCAUAGCACCAGCGUCGACGAUCCUAUUUGCUCGGAAGGGGGAGAUGCUGGAUUCGCCCCAGGCCAACAUUCCCAAAGACACCCAUUGGGCUGACAUGACCCAGUCUGGCACCGUCGUCAUCAUCAGACAGCCCGAUGGACAGAAGAAUGCCGUCUGCGGGGGCAUCAUGGCCGUCAGGAUGAAGGUUCGCCAAGCGAAGGCGGUGGUCGUCGUGGGUCGUGCCAGGGACCUGGGCGAACUCGCCAGUACGGGCCUACCCAUAUGGACCAGAGGACUCUCCACCGUUGGCGCCGGUGCAGAGAGUACUCCUUGGGCGGUGCAAGUUCCUAUCAAUGUGGACGGCACGGUCAUCAACCCCGGCGAUCUUGUCUUCGCCGACCCGGCCAACGGCGUUGUCGCCAUCCCCAAGGAUAAGAUCGACCAGGUCUUGGAGCUCCUCCCCAAGCUGACGGCCGCUGACGACAAGGUUAAGGAGGACGUGCUCAGUGGUGUGAGUGUCCACGACGCCUUCAAGACCCAUCGGAGCAACCUCUGAACACUCCGCCGAUGUUCCCCUGUAAAUGUCUCGCGUCGCAGCAGCUCUCGAGUUUGAAUGAGAAUGAGGAGACGAUGUUUUAUGAGCGAACCAAACGAAGUCAGCAUUUAUAUUUUGGCCACAGACGAAGACGAACCACAGCCGCGGCCGAGCCAACGCGUUGCACGCACUCGUUGAGCUCUGCACAGAGGUUCUGUAUCCAAGGUCGAUAUCUCGUUGCCUGUGACUCUAGAUCCAAGGACCUGGAUAGAGAGGGGAUGCGCAAGCGUUGGAGCAAUGUAAUGCAUAGCCCGUUGUCUCGCCACUAACCCCCCUCCCCGAGCCCACCUGGCACUCAACAACCACCGAUGGCUUUUGGACCAUCCCCGGCCUCUUUACAAAGAGAACCCCCCUCCCCCUGGCCCACUCGCGAAUCAUGCACCGGAACAGCAGCUCAUCUGCCGACCAAACGCAUCCGCUGGCUGCUAUGCCCGACUCCCCAGGCCCCAGGCCCUCCCAGUCUUGAGGAACUCUCAAUGUCUCUUUCGUCUCCUUGGGAAGCUCGGAGACGGCUUGUUCGGCAUCCGUGCCCCUCGCUCGGCUCGCUGACCGCCACCCCCCCCCCCCCCCUUCUUGAACUUACCCAACGACAAGUCUGUCAGAUUUCACAUUUCCUCUUGCCCCUCGAACAAACCCUCUUUUCCCCUCCACAAGUACAAAGUGGCUCCGUCGUUGUGAGUGGUAUCUCGUGGUAUCUGUCAAUCCCGUCAUCUUUCGC